CCUGCCGUACGCUGAGAACGGGCGGAGUCGGCGGGAGCGCCGCAACAUGGCGGCGUCAGGCAGCGGCGGCAGCCGGGCGGAUAACGGCUACGGCAGCCAGCAGCCGCGGCGGAGGAAGGGCCCCGGGGCCCUGGCCACAGCCUACCUCGUUAUCUACAACGUGGUGAUGACGGCGGGAUGGCUUGUAAUUGCAGUUGGCCUAGUUCGAGCAUACCUGGCUAAAGGUAGCUACCACAGCCUUUACUACUCAAUAGAAAAGCCCCUGAAAUUCUUCCAAACUGGAGCUUUGCUUGAGAUUCUGCACUGUGCAUUUGGCAUUGUUCCCUCUUCUGUUGUUCUGACUGCUUUCCAAGUGAUGUCAAGGGUUUUCCUGACGUGGGCAGUAACACAUAGUGUCAAAGAGGUACAAACUGAAGACAGUGUCCUAUUGUUUGUGGUGGCCUGGACAAUCACGGAGAUAAUCCGUUAUUCUUUUUAUACAUUUAGCUUGUUAAACCAUCUCCCCUAUCUCAUCAAGUGGGCCAGGUACACUUUGUUUAUAGUAUUGUAUCCAAUGGGAGUCUCAGGCGAACUACUGACAAUAUAUGCUGCAUUGCCCUUUGUCAGGCAGUCGGGCUUGUAUUCCAUUAGUUUACCUAACAAGUACAAUUUUUCUUUUGACUACUAUACAUUCCUGAUCCUGGUUAUGAUCUCUUACAUUCCAAUCUUUCCUCAGCUGUAUUUUCAUAUGCUACAUCAGAGGCGAAAGGUACUUUCCCGCACCGAAGAACUCAAGAAGUCGGAGUAAUUCCAGCUUUUUUUCAGAACUUUUCAAAAAUCAAAAUGCUGCAGAUUUUCAAUACCCAGCACAUUUAUAAAGAAUAUACCAGGAAAAAAAAAUAAGUCAGAGGUAAAAGACGAAUAAUAUAACAAGAAUAACCAAUAAAUCUGAUUUUACCGAAAUAAUUUUCAGCUUGCAGUGCUUCAGAAAACCUUUAGACUUUAUUUGGCUUGGCAGUUAGCCCUUUCCUUUUCCUUAAAUGAUGUGCUAAAUGGUUUACAUUUAGUAAUAAAUGCCUGAAGGUUGCGGUAUGAGUGAUAAAGUUGCACCCACUAAAUGCUUGAAUUGGGAUUAUAUUACUGAUACCUUAUUUUUUCAAGUGCUUGACUGCAUGCCAGAAACUGUAUGUAUUGCUAUGAAAGCAAACAAUAUGCUCUGGAAUACUUUAAGAUUUUGUCAGAGACUCCAGUGGACAAUGUAAUCCAGGCAAAGUGUUUGAAUUUAGAAAAGUAGGUUAUGUAUUUAAAAGGUGAAGGGAACAAGAAUAGGAAACCAGUUAUUGGAAAUGAGGGGAACUUGGUGCUUUAGGAUUUUAAGCACUAGAGUGUCUGACCAGACUGGGUUCUCUGAAGAUGUUUAAGCUGAUUACUCAAAUGUUAAUUCAGAUGCUUUAAUGCUUAUCUCAAACAUUAAAACUCCUUUAAGUAUUGUGUCCCAGGAUACUUUAACUAUUUAAAAUAAAAAUUAACUGUAAUAUUUCUAGUGAUAUCAGUAAUGAUUCUAAACAAUAUAAUGAGGCAGGUCACCCAGAAACAAGUGCAGUUCUGUGUUUUUGACUUUAUCAUCUCUAAUCAUUGUCCGCUAUCUCAGUGGUGCUCAUCUUUCAGUGUUGAGGACUAUUUGGUCUACUGUGGAAUAAUUUGAGGGCCUCAUUUCUCAACCUGACUCUUUUGAAGUAACUAAUGCAUAUCACUAUGGCACAUCCAAGCAGGCAGUUCCAGGCACUCAGUUUCUGAACUGCUGCUAAGUCAUAACCUUCUAAUUUCAGAUUCUAAUUUCAGAUUCUCACGUGUUAAAUGCUGCUUUUGCAGAUGGGGCAAGCCUUCUGUCUUCUGCUUUUUUGACCACAGAAAGUUCAAGGUGCUUUCUCUGGGUUCUCAAGCUAAGCUUUUCCUUGGGAAUGUGAAACAGAGAAUGAAAGAAUGAGAAAACCUUGUGGCAGGGUGGAAUACAGUAAUGCUGUGUGAACAGUGCCCCAAGGUGUGAACAAACUAUUGACUGGGGGUAUCGGGGGGCAACGGAAGGGACAAAGAAAGCAGGGAAAUGAACAGAUACUCAAGCAAAGGCAAAAGGAAAUGUAGGUUAUGAUUGUUGCUCUGUUAGGAAUUGAUAGCUGUGUAGUCCAGUCUUCACACAGUCAGAGCCACUAGACAACACAAGGGCUUCUCUGGCUUCCUGCUUGUAACAGCAUGAUUUAGUGCAUACAUGAGGUGUGUCCAUUAUCAUGGCUUCUGCACUAUGAAUCUUAGGCUGUGCCUGCCAGCACCUCCUCCUGGACGUGGCCUUUAUCUGUCUCCCAGUUACUUGUGCUUGACACAUCAUAGCUCUCCUUGAACAUAGCCAGAGGGUAGUAAGGGCACAGGUGCUCUGUUCUAGCACUUGAAGAGAGAUGGAUUUACAGUUUAUUUUGGUUUAUGUUGGUCAGAGCUAUAUUUUAAAGAAAGCUUUGCAUUGUUCAGUAAUUUCCUUUGACCUCCAUCAGAAUGUCUGACAAUUUUCCUAGUGCUCAGUACCACUGUAACACCUUUCCUGUUCAGUACAAACAGGACUAUUGUAAGCAGGGAGAGGGUAAGAGGCAAUAAUUAUCUUUGUUUCCAUUUUAAACCUUCUGGGGACAGUUAUUGGCUGUAACUGAAAACACUGUGGCCACAUACAACUUCAAAGUGGAUUUGCAUUCAUAGAUGCAACAAUUUCAAUCCUCCAUUAGGUUAUGUAGUGCUUUUGUUGUAGUGAUUUGAUGUUAAUAAUGUGUUAAACUAAAGUCACUGUUCAAACACAUAAGCUUCCACCUCUGAGCAAAACAUCUCCUUUUGCUUUUACUUGCUGUCAAAGGUGUUGGUUUCACUAUUUCUGAAAGAUAGAAUCUAAAAUACCUGAUUUCCUGAUGUUCUUAUAUUACUGGAUAUUGCUGACACUCAGCUCCUGAACUUUUCUUAAUUUGAAUUCUGUGCCCAAAUAAAAUCUUUGCUUUGAAAUUUGUUGGUCCAAUUCAGAUAAAAAUAUGGCUGUGUAGUAGUUCUAUAUGAGACAGGCUUAUAGCUGUGUUGAUGGGAAAGAUACAGUAUGGAUCUGUAUUAGAUACUAUGGGCACUACAGAAAAGCAUAGAUGGCUGUCAGUAGGGAAAAGGCUUGUUUGACCAGUGUCCUUACUGAAUAAGCUUUAAUAUGGAAUAUUUAAUAUAAUUGAAAAUACUAACCACACAAAUGCAAAUAAACUACAGCCUUUUAAAGAGAAGUUACUUUUAAAAGAAAAAACAGUUUGUCUCAUGGUAAGAAAUCUUAUCAGCAAAGUUGGUUUAAAAUUUAUAUUCUGAAGUAUGAACAUGGAGUUAGUGUGUACAAGAAUUCCAGUACUCCAGCUUGCAGUGCUUUUGCAAGUUUAGCUUCUAUGGAAAUCACUGGGAAGCGAUCUUGAGUAAGAACAGUGUGUAAUGCCCUAAUACUGUUUGGGUUUAUCCCUAAUACUGAAUUUGGCUCCACAUAAGGAAUUUUUUCUUAUAAAAUGACAACAAAUUUCCCCUCAUAUAUCGCUGAAACUGUAAUGUGGUUUAUGUAAAUGUCAUAAUUGAGAGGGUUGCUCUUCUACUACAAGACUAUUUACUUGCCUUGCAUGUUUUUGAUCAGCAUCACCAAACUGAUGCAGCAGGCAUUUUUUCUGCUUGGUAGUCUUUGCUUUGUGUGCACUGGUUCAGUCAACAGUGCUUUAUGUUCUACCAUGCCAGCUUUGUCCAUGUUUGUCAUUACCCUCUAAAAGACCAAGGCUCUUACCAGUGUACAGUUUACAACUGGAAUUGUAGAAAUGUUCAUAUUGUAAAUUACAGUAAGAUUCAGGUUUCAGUGCAGGUAAAUUGUAGUUUUUCACAAUGUGACGUUUCUAUCAAAGGUGGCUCUUUUUUUUUUUUUUUUUUUUUUUUAUCGGUAGAAAGGUUGGCAUUUGUGUGGACCAAUCUGCAAUGUCAUAUUAAAACCUACCUUUCAGAUUAAAGUUUCAUGAGUAUACAUCAAACCAUACAUUUUGAUGUAUAUUCUUGUUAGUGAAACUUGGGUGAAAACUAAAUACAGUCAUUUUUGUAUUUUUUUCUAUGUUGUGAAGAAUAAAACUGUAAUUUUAUAAGUCUGAUUCACUAAGAUUAUUAUAAGUUUAAUGUAUUUUUUUGUAUAUUUAGGAAUCCGGUAUUACCUGGAGCUCUGAAAGAUUAAGCAUAGACUUUUUAUGCAUGUUUGAAAGGUACUUGACAAUGCAGUGAAAUGGUUUGUAUGCUAAAAUACUAGUUGGUGUUGUUGCCUUGUGAAAUUGAUUUUGUGCUCUCUGCCUGGAUUUGGCCUUCUGGUCAGUGAUACUAAUUGCUAUAAUCCAAAUAAAAUUAUUCUGAACAAAA